AUGUCGUUGGCCACAGAGCUAACGGUUUUGAGCGAACUAGUAGACGUCCUUGUGACCCCGGAAUCUUUUGGGAUUGACACAAAAGGGCUGUUCUCAUACCUCAAUUCUUCGUCACGUCAAUCCGCCGGUUCGGAAGUCAUCAUUCGAACAAUAGACUUCCACAGCUUUCAGGAACUGGGAUACAAAUUGACCUCUCCUUCGCUUACAGUUGACAACCUAAUAGCAGUGCUAUCUUCCAAUGUGUAUAUUAACAACAUCACCGACCUUCAAGAAACAGACCCCGACCAAUACUUGCCAGACUUAAGGUUUGUUAUCAAAAACACGUUUCUACUUCUCAUCACUUUCCUCAAGCGCACAAACCAGCCAAGUCCGGCCGUGUCGCAAUUAUUAAUGCUACUUAAUGUCACAAUCGUCAACAAGCUCAUCAAGAUACUCAAGACGCUUAAUCAUACUAUCGAGCUGAGCAGCGAAGAGCUGCUAUUGAAGUUAAUGCGGUAUCAACGUUGA